UGUGCACCUGCCACCAGUCGAGCUCAGCCAGACUGCGAGACGAGGCGGAGCGAGCGGAGGGAGUGAGUCAACCAUGGACAAGUUGAAGUGCCCGAGCUUCUUCAAGUGCAGAGGGAAGGAGAAAGUGACGGCUUCAUCUGAGAAUUUCCAUGUUGGUGAAAAUGACGAGAAUCAGGACCGUGGGAACUGGUCCAAAAAAUCGGAUUAUCUUCUAUCUAUGGUUGGAUAUGCGGUGGGAUUAGGGAAUGUGUGGAGAUUCCCCUAUUUGACCUACAACAAUGGCGGAGGUGCCUUCCUGAUACCUUAUGCAAUCAUGCUGGCCCUGGCUGGCUUACCUCUGUUCUUCCUGGAGUGUUCGCUGGGACAAUUUGCUAGCUUAGGUCCAGUUUCAGUUUGGAGGAUUCUCCCGUUGUUUCAAGGUGUGGGAAUUACGAUGGUCCUGAUAUCCAUUUUUGUGACAAUCUAUUACAAUGUCAUAAUCGCCUAUAGUCUUUACUACAUGUUUGCUUCUUUUCAAAGCGAACUACCAUGGAAAAACUGCUCAUAUUGGGCAGAUGAGAACUGUAGCAGGUCACCUAUAGUUACAUAUUGUAAUGUCACUACAAAUACGGGGGAGAGCAUCCGAGUGAAUAAAAGCUGGGUAGACGUCAACAGUUUAAACUGCAUCAAUGGAAGUGAAAUUUAUCAGCCAGGGCAGCUUCCCAGUGAACAAUACUGGAACAAAGUGGCGCUCCAGCGGUCAAGUGGAAUGGAUGAGACUGGAGUAAUUGUGUGGUAUUUAGCACUUUGUCUUCUUCUGGCUUGGCUCAUAGUUGGAGCAGCACUAUUUAAAGGAAUCAAAUCUUCUGGCAAGGUGGUAUAUUUUACAGCUAUUUUCCCCUACGUUGUCCUGCUCAUCCUGUUAAUCCGAGGGGCGACUCUGGAGGGUGCAUCGAAAGGCAUUUCAUACUAUAUUGGAGCACAGUCAAAUUUUACGAAACUUAGGGAAGCCGAGGUUUGGAAGGAUGCUGCCACUCAAAUCUUUUACUCCCUUUCAGUGGCGUGGGGGGGCCUAGUUGCUCUGUCAUCUUACAACAAGUUCAAUAACAACUGCUUCUCAGAUGCUAUUGUAGUUUGUUUGACAAACUGCCUCACUAGUGUGUUUGCUGGAUUUGCUAUUUUUUCUAUAUUGGGACACAUGGCUCAUAUAUCUGGAAAAGAAGUCUCUCAAGUCGUAAAAUCAGGUUUUGAUUUGGCAUUCAUUGCUUAUCCAGAAGCACUAGCCCAACUCCCAGGUGGGCCAUUUUGGUCCAUAUUAUUUUUCUUCAUGCUUUUGACUUUGGGUCUCGACUCUCAGUUUGCAUCCAUUGAAACGAUUACAACAACAAUUCAAGAUUUAUUUCCCAAAGUGAUGAAGAAAAUGAGGGUUCCUGUAACUUUGGGUUGCUGCUUGGUUUUGUUUCUCCUUGGUCUCGUCUGUGUGACUCAGGCUGGAAUUUACUGGGUUCAUCUGAUUGACCACUUCUGUGCUGGAUGGGGCAUUUUGAUUGCGGCUAUACUGGAAAUAAUAGGAAUCAUUUGGAUUUAUGGCGGGAACAGGUUCAUUGAAGAUAUAGAAAUGAUGAUUGGAGCAAAAAGGUGGAUAUUCUGGCUGUGGUGGAGAGCCUGCUGGUUUGUCAUUACACCUUUUCUUCUGAUUGCAAUUUUGAUAUGGUCAUUGGUGAAAUUUCAUAGGCCUAAUUAUGCCAAAAUUCCAUACCCUGACUGGGGAGUUGCUCUAGGCUGGUGUAUGAUUAUUUUCUGCAUUAUUUGGAUUCCAAUUAUGGCCAUCGUAAAAAUAAUUCAAGCUGAAGGAAAUAUCUUUCAACGCAUUGUAAGCUGCUGCAGACCGGCUUCUAACUGGGGUCCAUACCUGGAACGGCAUCGUGGGGAGAGAUAUAAAGAUAUGGUAGAUCCUAAAAAAGAGACUGACCAUGAAAUACCUACUGUUAGUGGCAGCGGAAAACCAGAAUGAGAUCUAAUUUUUAAAAAUAUGUGGUCAUACAAUGUGAGUCUUUUAGAACAGAGGAAAAUUUUAUUUAUUUGUAUGUUAACUGAGUAGGAAAAUGUAUAUACUAUGUUCAUGAUAGUAUAAUCUUUUUUCCCAUUUAAGCAGGAAUGUAAUAUAAUGUGAAUCUACUAAUACGUAACAAUGUGAUUAUUAUAUUUCUUUUUAGAUUAU